AUGGGGGAGGAAGGUGCUGCAAGCUCGGCCGCCAACCGGGACGGAUCUUCGUCGGAGGAGCGGUGGCAGCCGAAUCAUUCCAGCGAGCGGAAGCCACGGUUUCCGAGGGCGUGCACCUCCCGCUCCGCCAGUGCUAACCGUGCGUACCAGGCUCCGGUCCCGGCAUCAGAGAGUAGGAGGUCGUCCGGGGCCUCCCCCGCUGCCGCGCGCAGGGAGAAGGAAGAGCAGCUGCAACGCAGCAAAAUCAUCACCCCGUUGGUAGAGCCGCCGGCCACGGCGCAGCUGCCGCGGUGGUCCAUCCGAUCCAUGUGGGAGUUCGCCUCCUUGCUGAACUUCUUGCACGUGAGCUCUUUUUCCUCAAUCUGUGUCGCCAGCGCUUUUGGGACAGUUCUUUGUGUUGGGUUUGAUUUAUGUUCUCGUUGUUGACUUCUUCGUCUUCCUCCAGGUGUUCAGGCCUCUACUGAACAUCUCCGUGGAGUUCUCUGCCGAGGAGCUGGAAACGGCAUUGAUCACCCCCAACAGCACCUUGGACGACGUACACAUACCCUUGUUGAAGGUUUGUAAUUCUUAUCAUGGAUGUACAAUGUCGUCCUUCGAUGUCACUAUUAAUUGUUUUUCCAGCCUUGGUUGCUCCAAUUCUUGUCUCUUAGAAGUUUUAUCUCUGGAUGUUGCUUAAGCUUGGGAUUUUGUUCUAGCUUCAGUAUGAAUGCUAUGAUUCGAUCACUAGUCGCCUGUUAGGGUUGUGCUUUUUCUGAUAAGAUAAGUAGCAUGUGAUUGCCAUCAGAAAGCACAUAAUUAGUUUAUGGUUAAUCAGUACGAUUUCAAAGGAUAACUUUUUUGUGGUAAGAACAGGUUGUUAUUGGUGUAUCUCAACCAUCGAAACUACAGAUAGUAUGGUGGUCUCUUGUCAAAGAGCUCUUAAUGGAUUGUGUUUUGUUUUCUUGUGAUCAGAAUUAUUCAGAGUAUUGGUUUUGUUCCAUAAUCGUAACUAUAUUUGUUCCACAGGUCUUUGAUAGAUUUGGUAUAUUCAGAUUUUUCCCGUUCGCAGCUUUGAAUUGGAGGUUCACAAUAACUCUGAUUUGCAUCUUUUCUGUUGAUAGUAGAAAAAUGAGUUUUUUGUUUUCAGACACAAACGACUAUCAAAUAAACAUGGAUCUGUUUGAGAAUUUGACGAUGUAUGUUCGUAGGAUCUUUUCACCUCAUGCCACUGGGAGGGAUUAUUUUGGGAAAUUAGUAUCUGCACUGAUGGAAUCUAUUAUACCUUUUGUGGAAAAGCCUUCCAGGUUUUAAUGUUGCGGUUCAUUUAUUACUCUUGGAACAAUCGCAAAAUUGGGAAAUUUUUUACAUGCCUUCCGCACUUAUGAGGCAUUGCUGCACUUAAUUGUGUUGAAGGUACCAUUUGAUUGCGAAUGGUGACAAUGCUGCUCAUGUUAUAUUGGGAAAGGAUAACUGUUAGAAUAGUUGAGCAACAUCUUGAAGUGCUUAGAAACAGAAAAUGCUACUACAUUAUUUAAUGACUGAGGUUCUUUGCACCUAUCUCUCUUCUAUUAAAUUGGUGGGGGAUACCUACUGCCUGUUUGAAAUUAGUGUUACAUUUGUCGUCAACGUAGCAUGUGCUAUAAUUUAGAACCUCUUUGGAUUUUCUAACGUCCUAUAUGAAUCAUCCCAAUCCGUAGCAUCUUUUACAAAAGAAUGGAUUCAUUUUUUUCUUGGCUGAAAUAUCCCUCGAGAAAAAUAAAUCUGUAAGCUGUCAUGCUGCUGUUGAACAGAAAAAGGAAAAAAAAUGAGUACUGGAUAUGGGUGUAGCUUCAAUGGUAACACAAUCUAGACACCUACGUCUAUGCGUUUUACAUCGUCUUCACAUGAAUAUUUCUCGAUCAAUUGCAGAAGAGUAUGUUCUAGAUGUGUGAUUUCGAACUGUUUCACGUUAUUCUUGUUAAAAAGUGUUAAUAUUCUAGUGUCAUUGGUCUCACCCUUGUAAAUAGCAUAUCUUUUAAUUGUUUUCUAACUUUUACUACAGUAUCUAUCUUAGCAGAUAAAAUUCCGGUCCACUCUUUGGUCGGAUGUAGUGCUAUGUGGAAAAUUAUUAUUUUAUGAAAUCUAUUGAGAAGGAAAUAUAGAAAAUUAUGAAGAGGAACAUAUAUUUCAUAAAACUCAAAUUUGCCAUACUAAUUGAAGGCUAACCCAAAGGACUGUAGGCCAUGAAAGGUGAGCUGAAACAUUCUUUAACAACGCCAGUACUGAAAAUAGAGUAAUCCUAUUAAAUGAAACUCUCCACAAUGUCGGAUUCAUUGUUUUCUUCUAAUGGUCACUCUGUUUGGGAUUUCUGGUUUAGGCAAUUCCACCAAUUACUCGCAUGGCAUUAGGGCGCGCUACUUGGGUUACAGUGUUAUGCAGGAAGCUGAAGGAUUGGUGGCAUUGGGUAUGUUGGUCUACUAUGUAAACUUCUCUAUCCCCAGGCUUUCAAAACCGAAGGAUAGAGUUCCGUUAGAAUCAUUUGAGAUUUACCUAGUUAUUGAUUCUGUAGGUUGCAGAGGGAGAGAUACCUAUAGUUGCAUCACACGGGUGAGCUAUUUAAAACCUUAUGAUUUUCAGAGCCUAAAACUUGUCAUUACUGUCUAGCUGUAUGUUUUCCAAUAAUGACUAUUUCAGGGCGGAAGUUGAGUUCUACAAGACUCUUGAACCUAAGACACGCGUAUUGAUCUUGAAGGCAUUAUGUGACAUCCGUGUGGAGGUAACAUCUUCAUCAGAUACCGAUAAAAACUUAUUUUAAUACUCUUUGUAUGCUGGUCUUGUAUUUUGUAUUAUCUUGUUUGUCUUGAAACCAAAAAUGCCAUCUUGAUUACAGUAUAAAGAUGACAAAUUGGAUGAAACUUGGAUCCGUUAGUCCUUGCUUUAUCUUUCCGUAAUAAUGUAAAGUUUUGUUUCGACCUUAUAUUCCUUCCUCGAACUUAAUGAUCUCCUUUUCCCGAGUUUUCAAACAAGAGCUUGCACUCAUGAAUGAAUUACCGUGCGAAGGUUAUUGAGUUAUAUCGAUUUCUUCUUGUGUUGUCGCAUGACACAAGCAUCUGGGACAUCUUGGGAUCAUAGUCUACUGGCUGGUUUUAGGCUGGGCCAUGCUGGGCCAGCCUUUUAAAAGACUACAUGGCCUUUCCGUUUGCAGCAGAGAAAGCCCUAAGAAGAGGAAAGAUGUAGGAAAGGGGGCUGCAGUGUUUGAUCACUGUAACGAGGUGAGCACAUAGUUAAAAAAUGGGAGGAUAAGGAGUAGGAAGUGGUUAAGGCACCGAAAGAGGGAAAAAAUGAGAUUUCUAUUUAUAGCCUAUCCUGCUGUGUCAUCUGCUCUCUGCCACUGGCUUUGCUGCGCGUCAUGGUUGUUGCCUGCUUUGCCAUAGGUUGCCAUUCCUUCUUCCCCCCCACUGAGAAUGGCAUAUGGCUAGGUGUGGGCUAUGGGAGGGACGUGUUAAUGAACUGUAAUGUAAAUAUGAGAAGUCUCUCAUAUGAAAGGGACAAAUCGUAAACGGGGCGACUCAUCUGCUACCUGUUCGUAGUCGAAUCUUUUUUGGAGACCAAGGCUUGAGAUUGCCUGUUCUCACAUUGUUCUCACAAUAAUGCUUGAUUACGGAUACUCUAUUGUUCUCACAUUAAUGCUUGAUUACGGAUGAGGUGGUAUGCUGCCUUAAUCUUUCCAGUUUCAUAGAGGAUGGGUUUGUUUGGACUCUAAUGAAUCUGUCUGUUCAUGACCAUAAUGGUUUUAAGAAAGCUCAUUUCUCUGAAAGAUUGGUGUCUAUUAUUGAUAAUCCUGCAAUGAACAGUAGGUGCAAGUGGGCCGGAGAUGACUUCACAAGGAAUUUGAUUUUCUGAUGACUAGUUUUUCUGGAAAUAUUUUUUAGAAAGUGGAAGAGUAUGUUGAUUUGACGCUUUUGCAAACGCAUUUCGUUUGUGCAAUACUUCUGAGUAUACUUUUCCAUGUGUUUGAAAAGCAUGCGGCGAAAGUAGGAAGGGCACUCUUUACUGGCUGGCUGGCUGGGAAUUUUACUGCCGAGUUAAUACUGACUAUAGUUCAUGUUAUAGUUCUCCUGUGAUCCCCCACUUUUGGAUAAAACGGCAAUUUUAAAAUUUGAGAUCAAUAAUUGAUGGAGUACUUCGUUAAACCUGAGCUGGAUUGGCGGUCGAAUCAUAGUCCUGGGUUUAAACCGUUCCGUUUUGUCAGGGAAUCCUUAAUGGAUCAAGUAACCAACCACUGGACCCAUGACGACUCCAUGUAGGACCAAUAUUCUGAGAGGUCUUACGAUUAAGUCGACCAUAAAAAUGGUAUCAUCGUUCUGAUCUAUAUUUGGGAACCUGGGAUGAACUUUGAUUCGUAUUUUUGCUUGGAAUAGGUGCUUUGCAACAAUUCGACCUACAGGAGAUAAAAAGGGUGAGAUCCCUAUAGGUUUUACGAUGCACAUUGCUAUCAUUACUCAAAGUUUUUUACGGGCUCAUGGAAAAUUUUGCACGUCAUGUCCAGGUAGAAAGUACAGACUCUUAAUGACGGGUUUUUCUUUUUGAGAGUGCACUUUGCUCUGCUCUGACACCCAUGUCCCAAGAAAAAAUUCUGAAGAUAUUUUUUCCAUUUUUUUCUUCAUUCGACUUUACAAGUCAGGUUUUUCAUAUUUUUUGGGUUAUUCAAAUGUCAGUUUAGCAUUGGGGAGAAUUUAUAAUUAUGUUUUGUAAAUUGACGCUCUUUUAUAUUUGAGUUUAACUUCCUGAGGCAUAGUUUAUUUGGAACAGUUUUUUCGUGCAAGCUGUGGUUGAUUCAUUUUUUUUUAACUCGUGUCCUAAUUAUGAUCCUAAUUUAGUCAUCCAUUUUGAGGUUUUGGAUUUUUUUUUAAGUUUUGAUUAUCAUUUCAUUGCUUCAUGGUUUCUUUGUAUCUUGCAGCAAGAGGAUAUUAGGAGCUACAUUGACAACUCCAUAAAGCAUGGGAUUCAACUUGCAGCAUUUCGUCAAGAGCGGGUUGGUGGUGACUCCCAUGGAAUCUCAUUCUGGUAAUAUUGACACCCCACAAAUUUGGUUAACAUAUUAAGAUACAUUUAGUUUCUACACUGCCAGUUGUUUCUGGGUCCUUUAACCACGUAACUAAGUUUUUCGUUUCUUUAUUUAAAAUAUUUGGAUGCAUGUAUGAGAACGAGAAAAAGAAGCUGCACUUGUUACGAUUUUUUUGUAUGAUUAAUGAAAUGGAAUCUUGAUAUACUUGAUGUCUAUCCACAUAGGUACGAAGAUGAUCCCAUCAUUGGUCAUCGGCUAUAUCGAGAAAUUAGAAGAGUUGAGGUUAUAAAGAAAGCAAAAGCAAAGGGAUCUCAGUCUCUUGCAACUGUAUCUUGCCAAUGGGAAACAGUCGCGACAAAUUUGGAUGAGUUUCAAGAAGUUUCGGUAAUAAAACUGUGACUUAUUAUUUUUUAUGUUCAUUCAGUACUCUCCACCCAAAAGAAAUUGUAUGAUCGCCAUAAUUUAGCAUAUUUAUAAUGAAACCAUUUUUAUAUGUAUGACACCAUUAUGUGAACAAUUUAAACCAAUGUUCAACAUUGAAAAGAAAUAUUCUGAUGAAAAGGACGCUGAUAAUGCACGGAACCAGAGGAUGGUUGCUGCUCUGAAAUUUUUAGAUGCUGUAAAUGUUAAAUAAUUUAUUUAUUUAUUUAUUUGGAAAUAAGUAUAGUCUUUUUCAUGCCUACGUCCACUUGCAUAGGAUCAGAGAUGCCACCUGGGUAAUCAUCGUUUGUUUAACACUGUUUGCCGAUGAUAGCGUGUGCCAAAUUGUGAUGUGGAACUUUGAUAAAGACAUGGGGAGUGAUCUGGGGGAAGUAUCCAAUGUUAUCAUUUUCAGUUGCUGCUGUGCACAUUUCCUGAAUUGUGUUACCUAAGCCAUCUAUUUUGAUAUCGAUCUGUGAUUCCCAUUGUAUCUAUGUCUGGAUGUGUAAAUCAACUAUAAAAAUUAUAUGGAGCAAAGAUGUGUUUGACUGACAACAAAAGAUGGUUAUCCGUUGUCUCUUUUUUCGUUUCUUCAUUGACGGUGAUCUUAGAUAAGCUUUUUCGCAAGCUCAGUCUAUGAAAGAUUGUAUGAAAAAGUGGGCGACCUAUAUUGGAUAUUCUCUGGUUGAGCUGAGUUUUGGGGUUCGAGCAUCCUGAUUCACCAUCAAAUAUCUAAAUUGGUCAAUGCCAGUUGCGUUGGCUGAUACCUGAUUGAUCUAGCACUUCUGAAAAGCACUCCCUGGCUUGAUCUUUUCCUUCUGAAGGAAGAAGCGCUCAUUGGGAGAGGAAGCAGAAGAGUGAAAGAGUGAGCACUUGUGGCAUUGCCUGGUGGAAAAUGGAAAGAAUGGGAAAGAGUUGUUAGUUUUGUCACUACCAGUGGUCACCUCCUGCUUCUCAAAACCUUCUGACGACCAGUAGCUGUCGACGCUGCCACCAUUUAUGUCAUUUCCUAUUUAUAUACAUAUGGUCGCUAAAACCAUUUUUUAUUUCUAGCCUGAAGGGAGCUUUUCCCCACGAUUGGCUGAGUUGUGGUUUCCAAUCCCUAUCCAGGUUUCCGAUUUGAUUCAGAAGACCCUUCUGUGUAAUCUGCAUGUAAUUGGAUGGUGUCACUAGGCUCAGACUCAACUUAAACAAAACAUUUGGUUCACGGAAUGUUGUGCUAGGAGAAUUUCUGAUGAGGUACAGAUACAUUUCUAAACACAACACAUAGCCAGAAUGCCCAAUAAAUAUUUAGAACACAACCAGCAAAUAUUAAUGUCGAAUAUCUUCUAGACGGACUAGGUCUGAUUGGCUGAGGUUGAGCUCCCUUUGAACCUCAAGAAUCCAGAAGGAGAGGGGUAAUGAGUCUUUACACAGUAUUAAGAUGCAAAUGCCAUUCCGUUUCAUAUCAGGUGCACAUUUUUCAUUGCAAUAAUGAUAACAGUAAAAUUUAUCAUGCGAGGAAAUAUUAAGUAAUAACCGAGAAAAAAAGAAGUAGCAGCUGCAUGAUUACUUUGCUAGUUUAUCUCUUGUAAGUACGGGUCUAGGGGAGUUAGUAGUAAUGCUCGUCUGUAUAUCAGUAUGCAAGUAGUAGGCACAUUUAGACACAAGAAUGUUGAUGAACAGUGGGGUGUAGUCGAUGAGUAUGGCAUAUUAUGAUACGGAAAAUAAGAAACGGACGAGAAUGAUGCAAUAACUAUACAUAGUGCAUCAGUGGCAUGAUAGGCAACAUUCAUUUAAUGACCGCCAAAUAUUCGAUUUAGUUUUUGUGCUGUGAUAGUCUUGGGAUACUUCUGUGGACAUAUCCAUGUAUGGCAAAACAAACUAGAUCAUUGUUCGUUUUGGACCCAGUGGGGAUUAUUCAAGUCAUUCACAUCCCUUCACAAACAUGUUGUCGCUAGGUUAGUGUCGAUGAAGUUAACCAGUGCCCACGUCAAUGCACAGUCAGUGGAUGGAUAUUAGAUGACGUUUGACUCCUUCGGUGUUGGAGGUUAAUCUUGUUUGAGUAACAUGCGUACUUAUCACGUGGCUACAAAUUUGUGUGGUUCUUGUUAGCUUUGGCAGUUGCUGAUUGAUGUUUGUUUUUUUUAUGCAUAAAUGUUUAGUCAAUGAACUUAUGUGUUACCUUUGUGCCUGAAUUAAUGGGGUUUUUUCUGUUUUAGGGUCAACAUCCUUUCAUUUUUGGGUCAUCUUAUUAUUUUAAGGAAAUAGUUUUCUAUUAAUAGAAUAGUGAUUAUGAACUUUUGUCAGUUCUGGAUUUCUAAUUAUCAUCAGUUCAAGAUAAAAACCUUGGCCUUUGGUAUUUAACCUUCUCAAAUCGGAUAGUUCUUUCUGUUGGUAAAUGACGCAAACAGUGCGCUUUAUUCAUUUCAUGUUUGAGGUGUGGUAAGAUGAGGUAAUGUGCUGAGAGAGAGGAUUUGACUGACAAGAGGAAGAUGACGAGCAAGGGUAGAAAAAUAAACUGUGAGAGAAAGAAAAACGUUAAUUGUUGCCCGAUGCAUCUCAAGAAGCACUUCCCACUGUUGCCCUUCUUAACUUAGUUGAUUCACGUAUAUUGGAAUUUGUUAUGGUCGACUAGACUUUCAUACAAGUUGCGACCAACAUGUAAUAAUUGAGUUAAUAAGCUAUGGCUCCUUAAAAUCGGACAAUUCCCUUCUAAAUUUACUAUUUAUAUUGUAAUCAGCUAUAGCCUAUCUGUUUGGUUUUUAUUUGAAUGGAGAUGAGCAGGGGGCAUCUGGUCUGGUCUCGAGGAUAAAAAGAAAGUCAUAUAAUUGGACCGGAUUGGCAAAUGAUUAGCUGAAUAUGGCUGAGAAUAGGCAGUUAAGCUGAGAUCUGGCCCUCUGGUUGACAGAUAUCUGGCAACUGUGCUGCUGUAGGAGGAAGAGCUACGAAGCGUUGUUUGGUGGAGGGUGGGGAAUAAGAAGAACAAGGGACAUAAUAACAAUUGCAGCCAUCAAUUGCUGCGGUUUGCUGCUACCACAUUGCUUAUGCGUCCUGGGCAAUCUUCCCAGCCUGUGUGAGGUACGGAAUGGGAAUAAGAGGUCUCCCAGUUCUAGGGUUGAACAGAUGUCUCGAUUUAAUAGAUAUACUCUCGUUGUCAAAUAUAUAAUGAUAUGUAAUUUACAAACUGUAAAAUUUAGCCAUUUCUUUUUCCUUUCUAGUCUAGAUCUUUCAUUUUGAUCAAGUGACGUGACCAAUAUGAUCCUUAUCUGGAUAUGAACAGCAAUGCAGAAUCUACCCACUUGAUCCCAUCAUGUUAAUGCUGUAGGUCCCAAAAUACGAGCAUUAAGUCCCCAUUGUUAGGUGUCACAUGUAGUGUAGGUGUCCCUGUGAUAUGGGCUGUCUCACGGUUUUUUUUUUUUUCUUUUUUGUGACAUGAAGCUUGUGUUGCGUGCUUAAUCAAGUACACCAAAAUUGAUAUUUAUUCUUUUUUUUUGGGGGGGGGGUGUUUAUCUACGAGUGUUGAAGAUAAUAAUAAGUGUGCUUUUUUUGACAAGCUCACUAGACGAGCAUUUUCCAUUAUCAAUGUGAGGGUGGCAUUGCCGCAGCUUCCUUGGGUGCGUUUGACAAUGUUGGUAGAGGUUUACCUUGUGAGGGAUUUUCAGAUUCCAUAAAUGAGUCCUCUUUCAGUUUUCAAAACCGGGGUAUUUUGCGGAUUUCCGAUCGGACGUUACUAGAUUUUUGUAUGACGCGUAAAAGCAUAUUUCUUUCGCCUGGGCAAUAAAGAAAUGUUUGCUAUCGGCAAAGUCCCUGAAAUAGGGUUGAAAUUGUGUAUCUCUCCCGUUUUUUUCCUUUUCUUUCUUAGUUUUUGUUUGGGGGGAGGUGUUAAUCUAUGGCUGCUUUUUGAAGUAUCAAGGGAUAUUGUUAAAUUGCGGAACAACUCGUUUUGCCCUGUUGUGACUGGUUCAUGUCAGUCUUAAGUGCGUCUGAACAUCCGCUAUGGUUUGCUGGAAUACCCUGAGCAGCAGUACAGAAUGAGUUAUGAUGAUGAUGUGAACAGUGAAUCUUAUCGUUGUAACUGUGGGGAAGCUGAAGAAGAUGGUAAGCCUAACAGAUGAGGAAAACAGGACAUUAUAACACCAACUAUAUGCCAAAUGCGAUCCAAAAUGCAACAAUGUGAAGCCUUAUAGCGGAGCAGUGUACAAUGACAAUCCAAUUAGGAAGAAAGUGAUGAGAUUGAUUCCUGGGACAUGAUGCAUGUGACGGUGACACCCAAAAUAUAAUUUUGUGGAAGUCUGAUAAAUAGAACAUCUUGCACACAGUUGCAAAGAUGUAGGCUCCUUUCGUCUUUUUGUUCUCCCUUUUUCAUUAAAUAUAUUUCCACUUCGCCCUUUUCUUCCCCUUUUCUUCACUGUGUAUGAUUCUAACGGGCUUUUUUCUCUGUUCCUUGUUAGUUAUUAAUAUUCUCUUGAUUGCUAAUAAGUGACAUAUUGACAUUUGUUCUUCUGCGUCACUCUGCUCGGAUAAAUGGAUCAGUUCCGAAUUCGACCCAAAAAUUAGUACUCCUUGGAAUGUACUUCAGAUUUGAUGCUUUGGUUGAUCUUAGAGCAUUUAACUUUUGUAUUUUUUCGUUGAACGAGUGAUUUGGGGAUGAUCAUACAUCCACUGGUUCUUUCCAGUCGAAAUUCUUAUACAUCUCCUCGAGAGAAAUGUCGCUCCUACCUUUUCGGAUAUUGUCGAUUGUUAAAAGCGUGCUUUUCUGAAACUGUUUCCUUAUUGUCUUAAAUGAGCUAACAACGAGUGAAGGAGAGCUGCAGUGAGAUAAGAAGUUUGGAUUGUGUCUUCAUGAUUCAGUUUCGAAAUAGGUUGAUGCUUGAUCAUUUGUGUCCUGUCUUAACAUUUCUCUGUUGCUUGGUGGGGUAGAAAUAAUAGUUUUGGGCUUAAUUUGUGGCUGGAUAUUGCUUGGCUAGAUGACCUUGUCUUUCACAUGGUUCCCAGUUUAAGCUCCAAACAAAGGCAAGGAAAGCGAUAACACGUCGUUUUCUUCUUUGUAUUCUUUUGCUGUUGGAACCAUCGGUGAAUUCCCCCUUGGUCCACUGCUUUCUUAAUGGUAUAUCAUUUUCUUUUUAUGCAUGUCUGAAAAUAUCAUGGAAGUAGUGGUGCUUCAUUUUUGUGAUCUUCUAAUCGUAGGAUAAAUUGUAGGGGUAACAAAGUUUUGAUAUGGGUCCUAAGUUCCAUUUCUCCACCUGUUCUUCAUUCUUUUCUUUUGUCUUUUGGCCAAAUCCAGGACAAACUUCUUUCAAGUAACAACAGAACGGAAGCUUCACUUGGUAAAAAAUUGAAGAUUGAUUUUCUCCCGGAGAUUGAAAAAAUCCACAAGGUAUCUCGACCUUCUCUUUUGAUGAACGUAAUGAUCAGUUUGCUGAAUUCUUCAUCCACACAAAGAAUGGAAUUAUAAAAUGGUUCGACAAAACAAGCUACAACAAGAUACGGUUCCUUUUGGAAAGUUGACAAAUUUUCAUCCAUUUACUUUUGCUCUGACAAACGAGUGACAUUCUCUGCUUUCUGUACACAAUUUUUUUAUAGCGAAAAGAGAAGUUGCUCAAGAAGCAACACAGAGAAGCUCUCCUUCUUGAUAGCUUUUUGGCUGCUGAUGGAAUCUCUUCAGGACGCUCCCUUCGCGAUAGGAAGCCUGUGACCUAUACAUUUGGUAUGAACAUCAGUUCUCAAUUCUCAGUCCUUAUGGUAUCUAUUGGUGCUUCUGAUCGUGCUGUGUUGAUUGGCCCUAGUUUCGAUGCGUUUGAUCAUGUUAGGAGCUUCGAAUAACCGAGAUUUUUGAAAUAAGUAAGAAAGCUUUGGGCAGAGGAACUGAAUUCGCUUGUGGCCCUGGGCGUAUCUUCUUUUGGCUGUUACAUGUUGAUUACGUGGCCCGCCUUAUGAACAUAUUAUAUCACCAUAUGUUCCAUUAACGUCCUUCUAGUAUAUUAGACGUCUUCCAAUCUCAUAAACUCGUAUAUGUUCCAUUGUUGCUCCUACCCACCCCAUGCAGGGUUUCUUCUCUGAAUCUCCUGCAUGAAUAAUCUGGUCACGAUCUUUCCUUUUCAGACUCUUUUCACACCCAGGGUGGGAAACACGUGUGAAAAAGAGUGUCAUUCUGUGGUCAACCCUUCACUAGUUAAGGAAAGAGUGCCCAGUAUGUGGAGUCUGUGUUCUUGUGCUCCUGUCAGACCUUCAACAAUAGUUCCAUUCUCUUGUCGAGUUCCGAAUGCAUACGACUUUAUAUUCUGCUGGGUUUUUUGUUUUUUUUUUUUCCCAAUUAUGUCAAAACCUGACAGUGAUACGUUGACCCCGCAGACGAUUUUGAUCGCUCGAUCAAUGAAGCCAUAAAGAUCACCAAGUAUGUCUCCUCUCGUUAAAAAUCUGCUUGGUUCGCUUCUUUUACUCGGGAGAUGAUCAAUAUUUUUCCCCUUUAAACGUUCCGUGGAAUCAGGAAAAGACAGGCUUCUCCAGAGCAGCAGCAGCAAGCCGUCAGGAGGGAGAGCGUCGUCGGUAAGGUCGAGGCCUUCACGAACGGCAGAUGGAACGGUCCGCCGCCGCAACCCCACAACGACUCGUACGAGUCGCUCUCCCCAAAGUCAAAGGACAAUGAAGACACCGACGGCGAACACAUGAGUGACACUCUCGAUCGCGGGUACGUCCUCCCUCGUCCUUUGGUCGCGCCGUUGACUUCGCGCUGAGACCAUUUUCUGGCGCAGGAAUCGACGGAGAAAGAGGCCCCGGAGGUACUCGGAGGACUUCGUGGAAGCCAUUUCUGAUAACGAAGCGGAUUACGACAGUGACGAUAUAAUGGGGGAAGCAAUCUACGACGAGGAGUACAUAAGGAACCGGAAGCAGAAGAAGGUGUCGAGUAGCUCGGAGGACGAGGAGUACCACUGGGAGGAAGAAAACCUGGACGAGGACGACGAAGAGGAGGAAGAGGCGGAAGAUUCCCUCAGCGGGAGCGAAGACAGCGACGAGCCUCAGCGCCACCGUCGGAGGAGGGCUCCGAGCCGUGCCGCCGCGCGGACCAAGCUGAGGUCGGUCGACGAGAUUCAGUCCGGCCUCCGGCGGAGCAAGAGGUCCACCCGCCCGCGGAUUAAUUACCGGCAGUACGAGCUCUCGGACACGGACAUGGAGUCCACCGUGCCGGCCAAGUCGAACGCCUCCGACGGGCUCUCAGACGGGGAUGACAACCAGUACCUGUCGGAGGAGGACGGAGAUGAAGAAAAGGGUCCCGGACCAGAACCACAAGCAGGAUUCGUCAUCCAGUCGCCGGAAAAGGAGGAACAGGAGGAGGAGCAGGAGCAGGAGCAGGAGGACGAGGGGGAGGAGGAUGAAGAGGCGAAGCCGGUGGUGAAGACGAGUAGCAGCCCCGACAGAGACAGCGGCGGCGCUCCCCAGAAGAGACCGCGGUACCUCGAUCUGAACGAGAUCGCCCCCGGCUCGGGCUUCGACGACGGACCGGUGGGCUUCAUGGUGAAGGACGACGACAAAGCCGAUUAUUAG